GCCCGGCGGGAACUGAGGUCCGCGUCGCUCCGCUUCGCCCGGACCCACUGGCGGCUUCGCCCCGAGCCCGCGGCCCCGCGCGGCAGUCCUGAGGCGACUCCCGGGGCGAUGGCGGCGCGGGGGUCCCGGCCCGCGGUCCUCCGCCUCCUGCUCCUCAUCCCGCUGGUCGCCGGGCGCCGGGGUCCGGCCGGCGCGGGGGACGACGCGCCCGGAGGACUGGCUGAACCGUUCUUUGUGGCCAAACACGAAGACAGUCUGUUUAAGGAUCUGUUUCAAGACUACGAGAGGUGGGUCCGCCCCGUGGAGCACCUGAACGACAAGAUCAGGAUAAAGUUUGGCCUCGCCAUAUCUCAGCUGGUGGAUGUGGAUGAGAAAAACCAGCUAAUGACCACGAACGUCUGGUUGAAGCAGGAGUGGAGAGACGUGAAACUCCGGUGGAACCCCGAGGACUACGGGGGGAUCAGAGCGAUCCGGGUCCCGUCAGACUCGCUCUGGACCCCAGACAUCGUCCUGUUUGACAAUGCCGACGGGCGCUUCGAAGGGGCCCGCACCAAGACCGUGGUCAGGUUCGACGGCACCGUCACCUGGACGCCCCCGGCCAACUACCGGAGCUCCUGCACCAUCGACGUCACCUUCUUCCCCUUCGACCUCCAGAACUGCUCCAUGAAGUUCGGCUCCUGGACCUACGACGGCUCCCAGGUGGACCUCCUGCUGGAGGACCGGGACGUGGACAAGAGGGACUUCUUCGACAACGGGGAGUGGGAGAUCGUGAGCGCCACGGGCAGCCGGGGGAACCGCACGGACGGCCGCCGCUGGUACCCCCACGUCACCUACUCCUUCGUCAUCAAGCGCCUGCCCCUCUUCUACACCCUCUUCCUCAUCGUCCCCUGCAUCGGGCUCUCGCUGCUCACGGCGCUGGUCUUCUACCUGCCGUCGCACGAGGGCGAGAAGAUCUGCCUCUGCACCUCGGUGCUGGUCUCGCUGACGGUCUUCCUGCUGGUCAUCGAGGAGAUCAUCCCCUCGUCCUCCAAGGUCAUCCCCCUCAUCGGGGAGUACCUGGUGCUCACCAUGAUCUUCGUGACGCUGUCCAUCACCGUGACCGUCUUCGCCAUCAACAUCCACCACCGCGCGCCCUCCACGCACCACGCCAUGGCGCCCUGGGUCCGCCGGGCCUUCCUCCACCGGCUCCCCCGGCUGCUGUGCAUGCGGGGCCACGCCGACCGGUACUCCGGCCGGAGGGAGGAGGCCGGGGCCCGCGGGGGACCGAGCCCCUCCCGGGACGCGCUGGGAGCCGCGCUCGACUCCAUCCGCUACAUCGCGAGGCACGUGGUGAAGGAGAACGCUGUCCGAGAGGUGGUUGAAGACUGGAAGUUCAUAGCCCGGGUCCUGGACCGGCUCUUCCUGUGGACGUUCCUUGUGGUCUCGGUGGUCGGCUCCCUGGGGCUCUUCGUUCCUGUGAUUUAUGAAUGGGCCACGAUCCUGGCUCCGGCUCCAGCCGGAGCCGCCAACACGUGACGCUUCCCUAGGGCGGCAGCCGGAGUUCUAGUUACCAAAAGGCAGGUACAGUGAGCGGAACCUCGUUUCUCGAACUUGAUGCGUUCCGAGAGGCUGUCUGAAAACCGAAUCAUUUUUCCCCCCAUUAGAAAUCACGUAAGUUGAAUUAAUCCGUUCCAGACCCCCAAAUGAUUCUGUUUUAAAUUUUUUUUAAAUUAUUUUUAUUGAUUUCCGAGAGGAAGGGAGGGAUAGAGACAUCAAUGAUGAGAGAGAAUCAUCGAUUGUCCCCCACUGGGGAUCGAGCCCACAACCCGGGCAUGUGCCCUUGACAAGAAUUGAACCCGGGACCCUUCAGUCUGCAGGCCCACACCCUAUCCACUGAGCCACACCAGCCAGGGCUUAACCUUUAUUAUACACAAUACAUGUCACUUGUACUGUUUCAUCUAGAAAUAAACACUUUAACAGCAAAAAGGACAUGAAAUGUAAAUGGAAGUUUAAUGAAAAGGAAAGGAAAUGUACAGUUAAAAGUGAAAAUAUAGCCCUGACUGGUGUGGCUCAGUGGCUAGAGCGUCGGCCUGGGGACUGAAGGGUCCCGGGUUCGAUUCCGGUCAAGGGCGUGUACCUGGGUUGCGGGCACAUCCCCAGUGGGGGAGCGUGCAGGAGGCAACUGAUCGAUGUUUCUCUCUCAUCGAUGUUUCUAACUCUCUAUCCCUCCCUCUUCCCCUCUGAAAAAAAUCAAUAAAAUAUAUUUUUCAAAAAUGAAAAUGUAACAAUAAGCAUAAGCAGCCACAAAAGCAAAACAAAAAAAAACAAUGUGAAAGUAUUCACAGCACAGUAUCCUGAGAUUGUAACGGUGGGAAACGGACUCAUAUUCGUACAUCCUCGCCUCUGUCACCUGAGGGAUUGUGACUGACCCUACGGGUACCGGCCUGAAAGGGUUGUCAGGGUGAGAAGCGAAUUGUCGCGAUGGGAGGCGUUCGGGAAACGAGGUUCCACUGUACGUAUAUGCCUUAGGGCACCCAUAGAAUGAUGAAAACGCCAGCUGUGUUUAAAAUGCCCGCAAGCCCGAACAGAUGAACAGUUGCUAGCGUCCGUUUAUUGUAACGGACUUGACCGCUAGAAAAAUCUAUCUGCACGACUAAUGCGGUAACUGACUGAAUCACACCUGAUCUCCUCAAAAUAGCAGCACGGCAGUAUCUGGCCUGUCCUAGCAAACAUGUGACGUUUGUAUCCUGGCUGAUAAUGGUUUUGAAAAUUCAUAAUAGUCUGUAAUCCACAGUGAGGUCCCUAUUGUGAUGCGCCGGAAAAUUCCUGUCGUAUUCGAAAGACGGACUUCAGAACUGGGUCUGCGUUUGGUGAAGGCACACGCUUUUAAUUCUCUCUGCACCGUGUCUACUGCGCCAGCAGCUAGCCGUCAGCGUGGUAACACAGGACUAUACUCAGUGAGCUGGCUACAGGGAAUGAUGAUGAUGGAAUGCGAUGCAGAGUUUCUAUAACCAACAUUUUUAAAAAAAUGAAAAAUGGGAGUUGGGACCUCCUUUAAGGCCUUCUUUAUUCUUUAGAUGCUUAAACUGAACAAUUGUUAUGUUACUAGAGGCUCGGUGCAUGAAAUUCGUGCACUCAGGGAGGGGGGGUCCCUCAACCUGGAUUGUGAGAGGGCGCAGGCCAGGCUGAGGGACCCCACC